AUGCAUUUGUACAACGCGUAUCUUCUUCUGUUAAAAGGCGAGUUGGAGACAGAGUGGCUCCAAGCGGCUGGUCUUGGAUCACUAGCAGCGCCGUUCCAGGCCGGUCUGGAGGUCACCGAGGCCCAGCUGGGUGAAGCGGUCCGGCCUCUGCCCAGAGAACAGGCCGCUGCAGUCCGCAGACGCGUCAGGAGACUUAACAGAACUGUGAGGAGGAAGCGAGCUGCUUCCCGAGCCAGGAAACCUGACAUCCGAGAUGUAUUUAGAGACUUAGAGAACUCAAGUGGUAGUGAACCGCGGUCGCGCAGUGCGACUCCCGACUCAUUGGAUUCUCUGCCGAGCGGUGGCUCCGGCAGCCCGCCCGCCGAGUGGGCCGACGCUGCUACGCCACCAGACUUUGUCGACAGCUUCCCGUCCGUGGGCACACACACCCCGCUCGCGCGCACGCCGUCGGCGCCGGCGGGCGGGCGCCGCGCGCGCCUGUCGCCGCCAGCCGAGCCGCACUCGCCGCCGCUGCCCAUGCACGAACUCUUCAAACCAAACGACUUGCAUUGGGCUGAUAUUGCGAGUAAUACCGAGGGCAUCGAGCUCCUAGGUUACCAAAGAUACGGCACAGUUCAGGGACCGAGGAUAGGAAAAGAACGAAUCAAUGGAUCUAUACUCAAAGACAAUGAUCCAUUCAUUAACAAUAAGCACGCGGCCGUGUCUCGCGCCAAGAGUGCCGCGUCCGCUCAGCAGCCACUCAGCUUCGAACACAAGUUCAAUCUCGACAGACAAAUGCUCGACCAUGAGGAGGAAUGGCCUGAAGAGGAUAGUACAGUGGAUAUUGAGAGCAUCGGCGAGCCCCAGCUGAAGCGGCUACCGCCUCUACUGUGGCUGGAGCUGACCGCACUCUUCGACCGAUACUCCCUGCCCUUCCAGAAAAGGAAAUCGCCCAAGAAGAAGAGGAAAGAAGAGGGUUCAGUAUUUGGCGUAUCUCUGGAGACUCUGGUUCGCAAAGACAUGAUCUUGUGGGAGGAGACUUGGAGCUGUGCACCCAGUAUUGUGCGAGCUCUCGCCGCAGCGCUAGUACAACGCACUGCUGAUGAGGGCCUGCUUAGAGUGCCAGGAAACAAGCAAAAGAUCGAAGCGCUCUGCCAACUAAUCGAGCGACAAUGGUACUCCGACCGGUCCGCGGUGGAGGCUGCGUUGGCUCGCGCCAGCAGUCAUGACCUGGGCGCUGUGUUCAAGCGGUUGUUGCGCGCCCUGCCACAGCCACCUCUCACCCAGGAGCUCAUGAGGCUGUUCUAUCACACAUACGCCCUGAGUGGCACGACACAAGGGCGCGCCCUGAACCUGCUGGUGCUGCUGCUGCCGGCGGAGCAGCGCGCCACGCUGCGCGAGCUGCUGCGCCUGGUGCGCGAGAUAGUGGCGCGCCAGGACAUCAACAAGAUGACCGAACAUAAUGUCGCCAUGAUCAUCGCUCCCACGCUCUUCCCGCCGAGUCUGCUGAUCAAGCAGUCGGACAGCCUGGAGACGCAGCUGGCGACGGCGGCCAACAGCUGCCACGUGACGGAGGCGCUGAUGCGCUGGUGCGAGCAGCUGUGGCAGCUGCCCGCCUCGCUGCUGGACGCCGCGCAACGCAAGCACGCGCCGCGCCACCACGCGCCCCGCCGGCCACUCCACACCUGACUCGCGCGGCUACAGGCGCAGGGCCCGGGACCAGCUCCAACUGGCUUUCACAUCAAGUGAACAUUAAUUUUGACCUUAGCAUUCAAACUGUCAAGGUUAAAGUUUAUCAGAACGCCAGUUCCAGAGUAAAUUGUUUAAGAAGGACAAUUUUAAUUAGUGUAAGUGACCUCCAAACUCAAGGUCGAUUGGAUAGAAGAGCGCGCGAUCCGAUUCGAUGGAUGUCCAUUGAAUGGUGCUCACAAUAAGUAUUAUAUCGAAUAAGAACAAUUAUUAUAUCCAAUAUUAUUUUCAGUCAAAUUGUGCUGUGUUUAUUAUUAUUUUAUUCUUGAACAAUAUUUUAGACGAGUGAUAAUUACUUUAUGCUUACCUACAAUAAUUAUACUCCAGUAUGUUAUUUCGUAUAAUAAUGUGAAUAAGAUGCCAAAUAUUCAACCAUUUUUCUUAAUUAUAGUGAUAUUAUCAUUGUUCCAACUGAGAGGCUGAGUCUAACUGUUGAGUCUUCAAAAACAUUUGAGUGUAGUAGCCGGUCUUACAGAAAUGACGAGUAAAAUCUUAGUAUAAUAAAUAUAUUGUGAUUGUUCUCAGUAAGAUUAUUUACAUUUACAACGUCGUAACAUAAAGUUUAUAACAUUUUUGUGAGUGAUGAUUUUAUUGGGAACAAACUAAUUGAUUUACUUUGAAAAAAAAAGCUUGCAAAAGCUUGGUGCCAUCAAUGAUUUGGAUUCGAGGUUUUAUAUAAAAAUUCUUGACAUUUUGUAUAAUUUACAAGAAUAUUUAAUUAAUAACUAGAAACAAUUAAAUUUCGUUAAGAUAAUUGUAAAUUGUCGAUAUUUGAAAAUGUUAUUUAGGUGUUGCCACAUUAAAUUAACCACACAUAUUUCAGUAAUAUGUAUGUUACCUUUUUGGCAAUAAAAUAUAAACGGUUGUAAUAAUGGUGCCUUGCGUUGAUAUUAAGAUUGCACAAUUAUGUUAAAAACAUUGUAAAUACUAUAUACUUCGGUUUUUGUAAUAUAUUUUACCGAUACUAAGCAUGCAAAGACUGACUUGGUGUAUUAUUAUUAUGUAAUAUUAUUUUAUAAGUGUAUCUUCUUUUCAAAAUCAAUAAAAAUGCAUAUUACUUAUACUACUCUUUUAUUAUUUCAAAUGUAUCAAAUAACUUAGUUACAGUUACCUAGCUCCUUACGUUUUACUAGAACUAGAUUAACAGAAUUAAAAAACCAUUUCACUGACCAAAAUUCAUAACACAGUAAUAAACUCAGUAGAUAUUCACUUGUUCUGAUAUUGUGGCUACAAUAGAUUAUUUCUUCAUGUAUAAAACCAGUAUCUUGGUCCCAACCUGUUAUGGGUUCGUACUCCACAUUCAAGAAUUCAAAUUCUACUUGGUUACACAUCAUCAUUCAAAACACAACUGUCCACAAGUUCAUUAAUUAAUACUUAAAGUUCUUAAUCAAAUAAACAGCUUCAUUAUCAGCUCCACAAAGUAUCCGGCCUUUGUCACAGUGUAGGCUGUUGAUAGAUUUAUGUAGGGCCGGUAUCAAGGAGUUCACCAUCAUUGACUUCUUAUCUUGUAGUGGCAUCCACAUCACCUGGCCAUCAGGGCCUUUGGAACUCUUUGUCAUGGCUUCCAUGUUCCACUCCCAUAAUUCUCCGGAUACAGAACAUGUAAGGAGCUUGUGAGGGUUUUCUGGAUGGAACUGCAUUUCUGAUACUCCUGCGGAAUGAGCAUUCACUAAAGACGUAGGGAAGGAGUUCAUUCGCAAGUCCCAGACUGCGAGGGCUCCUGAUUCACUCCCUGCGAGGAUAAUAUGUGGUUGUGUUGGGUGAUGGAUGAUACAAGUAGCGGCUAAUUCAUCCCCUGCAAGUAAGAAUGCAGCUGAUGGCUUGUUGUUUGUAGAUCUUACAUCCCAUAUCUUCAUAUGUCCUCUCACAUUACCAGUUAUAACCUGGAAUCGAAUUAAAUUUUUUUAUUGACACUAAUUGAAAUGGGAAUACACAUAUAAUAUACAGAGAAAUGAACAAGAACUUUAACAUUUAAAAGAUCUUAUUGCCAAAUUAGUGAGAAAAGAACUUUGGAAAUUUCCAACUUCUGAAUAUGUAAUAAAUUAUUAUGAAAUAAUAGUGAGUGGUACAAACAUGUACCUGUAACUUACUUCAGUGUGUUUGAUAAAACAGAUGGAAUGUAGGGAGCAGCUGUCAGCUCCCUUGAUGGAAUGCAUCACCUCUCCCCGCCUGCCACUCAGUAUGUUCACAUUGCCAUCCUCACCAAUGGUGGCAAUGUCACCUUCCAGGGUGUCCAGUGAUGUGCAGGAACAUUGUUCUGCA